UAGGCUAUAGACACACGGAUGAAGUCGAUACGGGUCUGGAAGCGCAACAUCCGAAAAGAGCUCGACCGCAUGUCGAGAAUUCUUGCGGAGUCGUCGUCCUCUACCUACGUCGCGAUGGACACGGAGUUCCCGGGUUUCCUGUACCGCACCCCUUUCGGGGCGUCGGAGGAGCGGCGGUACCGCGACAUGAGGAGGAACGUGGACGCGAUGAAGAUCAUCCAGCUGGGCCUGACGUUCUACGACCACGAAGGCGUGUUCAAGGGGUCGUGGGAGGUUAAUUUUAGGGAGUUUGAUCCCGCGGCCGACCCCCACGAGAGCUCCGUCCAGCUGUUGCUGGACAGCGGGAUGGAUUUCGAUGAAAAUAAGCGUGACGGAGCGUGCGCCUCCUGCUUCGCUAGGUCGUUCUACCGGAGGGUGCUUCUGCCUUACCGCCACAGGAUCAAGUGGAUUACCUUCCACGGGUUGUACGACGUGGGCUACGCCGUCAAGCUGUUGAUGGGAAGGCCGCUUCCGGAGGGGAGACGCCGGUUCUUAUGCAGGGUUCAGAAUGUGCUGGGGAGCGUUUAUGACGUGAAGUACAUGAUGGCGUGUCGCGGAUUUAAUCAGAGGAUGGGGCUGGUGAAGCUGGCCGAGGAGCUCGAUGUGGUCGGUGCUGCUGAAGGCCGAAACCACCAGGCUGGGUACGAUAGCCUGAUAACGGCCUUGUCGUUCUUGAAACUGAGAAGGGAUGGUAUGGUCGAAGACAAGGCUGCCGGCAUCUUUUACGGCUUACAUCGAUGCGGCCUACGGCGCAUGCUAGGCCACUAUACAUGCAUGUCGAUGACUACUUAAUUAGUAAACAGUUUUAUAUAUAUACAGCUUGUUAUUAUUUAUUGUUUU